UUCAUAUUUGGUUCACAGAUAGUAUGGAGAGCCAGGGACCGAGGUUUCGUGGGAAUAUCUUCACCCGCAUUCCCUAUUUUGACCUGCAUCGUUUUGAAAUGGUAUUUCAUGCGGGAAAAGAUGGUAACGACGUCUAUGUCAACUAGCCCUGCGCACAUCGGCCCAUUAACCACGAUUUUUUCGGCGCCAUCGUCAUGCGCAUCAAGCACGGGUUGUAUCGCUUACGCGAUGAGCAACAGUGGUUUUAUGCUCCGCCCAACGACUAGCAAUGAUUGCUUUCCUUGGGAUUUUAAAGAAGAUGGUUAUUACUCGCCAGGUCUUUGUCCAGACAGAUUUACUACUGCUUGUCCGGUAACGCAAGAUGGCAUUGAAACGGCUAUUUGCUGCCCAACAGAUCUGCCUUUUACAUGCCAGCCAACAUUUCCGUACAGCAAUCCCGGUUGUUAUUUCGUGGGAUCUUUCAAUGUCCUAUCCUCGAUAACGUCUAUAUGUAGUUCCGAAGGAGGACCACAGCCAAGUUUUGGUGACUCUCCUAAGACAUUCUUCGCAUAUGGUAUUCGAAUACAAAAUGCAGUAAAGACGACACCCGUCGGGAUACCUCUACCUCCAGAAACCCCCACUACAAGAUUCACCGACACAACUUCUUCCACGCAGGCUAAGCCAGAGCCUCCAACUUCAUCCUCACUUUAUACUUCUCCGACUACAACUCCAACGACGACCGUAAAUUCCCAAGUUAGUAUACUCGCAAAUAGUGCUGUCGGGGGAAUAGCAAUAGGGGUUAUAGGUGCCAUGGCACUUGGAGCCAUAGGAACAUUUCUACUUAUGAGUCGGCGCAGAAGGCGAAAUUCAUCGCCUCCUCCCCUUCCUCCGAAAGACUUCAUACCAGCUUGUCGGCGUUCAUCGUUGAAUGCAACCCAUGAGCUGGAUGGGCGAGAUAGCCCAACAGAGAUGCCAUCAUGGGAUGAGAGGAUUCCUCGUGGACCCAAUAGGCCAAUGGCCUGGGAACUACCAGCGUGAACUUAUGUCAUGCAACUUUGCAUAUGAUACAUGUUCGGUACAACCUUGAUCUUGUAAAUAACUAUACCUUGCGAGCAAAUAAUACGCAAAGAAUUAAAUCUUGUAGCUACGAUUUUUUUGUAUAGCCGAUCGACUUUCAAAGCAUACACAUGUAUAUUAUUGGCUUCUUUUCGAAACAUGAAUAUAAUAGAAGCC